CCGUCAUAAACAAACCCGCACGACGUCUGAUAACACAAUACGUCUCGAACCUCCAGCUGUCAAUCAAGAUAAAUGGUCCCUUUAAAACCCCUAUCAGGUCCGAGGUAUCUUCACAGUCUGAUUCUGCUCGCUUUCAGUCGCGAUCGGACAGCGCAUCUGGAGCGUAAAGGCACGCGCACACUUGUCGCUCCGUGCACGAGGAGUUUAUUCUUUGACUCGCGAGAAAUCAACGUAGGGCUACGCAAAAUGCCGAGGCGCACGUAAACUGCGUGGGAUUACAUUGUAUGUCUGUUAUUGAGCGUGCGUCAGCGUUUCAAAACUCUUAUAAAUAAGAGUAAAGGUGAUCGCUGCGAGCAAGGAUUCAAUUAGUCGAUCAAUUGUUCCGGGCGAGAACUGAGAAAAGCGCUUACUGACAGUGAAAUGGAUCUGAAAGCGCUGGGCUGUGUGCUGAUAUUGCCCAUUCACAUAGUCUACUGUAUUGUCAGGGCGACCGUGUGCUGGUUCCUGCCGAGCAGGCGGAGAGAUCUGACCGGAGAUGUGGUGCUUAUCACGGGUGGCGGACGGGGCAUCGGGCGUCACCUGGCUGUGGAGUUCGCUAAGCGUGGCGCUAAAAAGCUAAUCCUGUGGGGUCGAACGGAAAAAUGCCUGAAGGAGGCAUGCGAAGAGAUCGCCAUGAUGGGAACAGAGUGCCAUUAUUUUGUUUGCGAUGUGGCCAACAGAGAAGAAGUUUACAAGCAAGCAAAGGUUGUGAGAGAAAAGGUGGGAGAUGUUACUAUCCUAGUGAAUAAUGCUGCAGUUGUGCAUGGGAAGAGUUUGCUGGACAGUGAUGAUGAUGCACUUUUGAAGACACAGCAUAUCAACACACUGGGCCAGUUUUGGACCACAAAAGCCUUCCUGCCUCGUAUGCUGGAACUGCAAAACGGCCAUGUUGUGUGUCUCAACUCCAUCCUAUCUCUAUCACCUAUUCCUGGUGCGAUAGACUACUGCACUUCAAAAUCAUCCUCACUGGCCUUCAUGGAAAGCCUCACAUUGGGUUUGCUGGACUGUCCUGGUGUGGGCUGUACCACUGUCCUCCCAUUCCACACCAACACUGAAAUGUUUCAGGGCAUGAGAGUCAGGUUUCCCAAACUCUUCCCUCCUCUAAAACCAGAAGUGGUGGCCCAAAGGACGGUGGAUGCCGUACGAACAAACACACCAUUUGUUUACCUUCCAUGGACUAUGAAUGUUCUUGUAAUCCUCAAAAGCGUCCUUCCAGAAAGUGCCCUUGAAGAAAUCCAUAAAUUCUCAGGAACCUACACCUGCAUGAAUACUUUCAAGGGACGGACAUGAGAGGACAUAGAGAUGCCACAGGAGUUCAAGUGUUACAUUUCAAUCAAACUUUUUUUUAUAGCUGAACAAUCACAAUGGAGUGAAAAUGAGACAUUUCUGGAGUAUCACGGGGCAGUGAGUAGAAAAAAGGAUACUAUGACGCACAUGAUGCCUCAUUUCAAGAACACUUGCGGGUCACCUUUGACCUUGUGCGGUUGGACCAGCACAGUAUGCACAUGAAGCCUCAACCAGCCGCUGUACUGUAUAUGUACUUUAACGUUUUUAAAGAUUACCUUUUAACUACUGUCACUGUAAAUUCAGCAUCUGAAUAAAAUGCAGUUUUAAGCACCUAU